AUGCACGAAGAUGGGGCGAGCACCGCUAGGGGUGCAGAGGAGGCGAGCGCCACUGGGGGUGCAGAGGAGAAGGGCAUGGAGGUCCCUUGGGUGUCAUUCAUUGCUCGUCCUAGCAACUUGAGAGGGGAGGCAGCACGCGUCAUGAGGCCGGGCGCCCAUGCAAGUGAGGCGAGGGUGGAAGACCAUCUAGGCGAGCCAGUUGUUUGCGCCCAAGGGCUGGGCGCCCGUGGGGCUUUUGGCGAGGUGCCUCAGGCGAUUGGUACUGGCGAGAUGUCGCUGGUGGUGCUGGGCAGUAUGAGUGACCCACCAUUACCGCUGGGCGAGGCAUCCUUGCAGUUGAGUGAGCCUCCCCUGACGCGGGGCUCCUCGGUCAGUAUAGGCAAGCUCCCCUUGGCACUGGGCGAGGCACCCUUGCAGCUGGGCGAGCCUCCCUUGGUGCCAGGCCCUUCAGUUGAGUCUGUUAUUUGCUAUGGUCAGAGCACGAGGAGGCCAACUGGGCAAGGACUAGUUAGCACUGAGGUGGUCUCUUUAGUCAAUGGGAGUGAGCGAGCCUAG